AUGACAACAAUGUUCGAUGCGAAGACUGAUGUGGGAUUGAAACGAUUGGGGUUCUUGAUGAAGGGGUGGAAGGAUAGUAGGGAGGGGUAUAUCGGAUGGGGUCACGAUCUCCUACCUUCGCUCUCACUUUCUACAGAUGCGGAGCAUCAUUCGGAGAAUGUGACGACGUUUAUUUUUAAACCGACGGCGCAUCAUUGCAAUGCAAACUCCACCGUCCACGGCGGCUGCAUCGCAACCGUCUUCGAUGCCUGCACAUCCGUUGCACUCAUGGGCCGCUACAGCGCUCAGAAAUGGGGCGGUGGUGGAGUGAGUCGAGGAUUGGGAUGUACUUAUCUAAAAGGCAUUACUAUCCACAAUGAGGAAACUGAAGGAGAGGGGAAAAAUGAUGUAUUGGUUGAAUGUGAAGUUGUGGGGGGGUUGGGAAAGAGAAAUGUGGUUUUGAGAGGAACAAUGAAACGUAGAACCGGAGAAGUCCUCGCCAUUUGCGAACAUAGUAAAGUGAAUAUUGUGGGUGUGGAAUUACCAGGCGGUGCGAAGGAGAAGAAAGAGGGAAGGGGAAAGGGAGAGGGAAAGGAGUCGAAGUUGUAG